AUGGGUUCAACACCAGAUGCCACCGCCGUCGCCGCCCCUGGCAAGGCUCAACGCCUCGAACCUGAUUUCGACUCUCUGUUGGACCCCCGGCGCGUCUGGAAGGGCAAGCCGGGGUCCAGAGAAGAAGGUCUGGGACGGCUCGCGAUCCUCACCCCCGAAGUCGUCGCUGCGGCCGCGUCCUCGUGCAUCCGCUCAGGCCGCCGGGUCGCGCUGAACUGGGACCUGACCAAGCUCGACGUGGCCAACUUCAACCGGGCCCCGACGCAGCACCACAUCAUCUCGCUGCUCGGGGGCCUGGCGUACGACGACGUCUACAUCUUCAACCCGCAGCAGUCGUCACAGUGGGACGGCCUGCGGCACUUCUCGGCGUCGGACGCCCGGAUCGGCCUGCAGCACUGGGCGCGCGAGGGCAUAUGCGGGCGCGGCGUCCUGCUCGACUAUGUCGCGUACGCCGAGCGGCACGGCAUCGCGUACAGCACGUUCUCCGAGCACGCCGUGCCGCUGCAUGUACUCCUGGACAUCGCACGGGAAGAGGGCGUCAGGUUCCGGCGAGGAGACAUCCUAUUUGUCAGAAUAGGCGUCACCAGGGCAUGGGAUGUGCAGAUGUCCCCGGCGGAAAAGCUGGCCUAUGCUGAGAGCUCCAAUCCACAGCACGCUGGCAUCGAGGGGACGGAGGAGAUGCUUCGGUGGAUCUGGAACGAAGGCUUCGCGGCCGUGGCCGGUGACGCCAUCUCCUUUGAGGUGUAUCCGCCACAAAAGUCUUAUCCCCGAAGGCACGCUCCCGAUGUGCCCGGCUUGUUCAUGCACGAAUACCUGCUCGCUGGCUGGGGUAUGCCUGUGGGUGAGCUUUUUGACUUGGAAGAGCUGAGCAGGAUAUGUGAGGAGGAGAAGCGCUGGGAGUUCUUCGUCACGUCUGCCCCGUUGAAUAUGCCAGGUGGCGUUAGCAGUCCGCCCAACUGCAUCGCGAUCUUUUAA